UCCAAAGCUCGGAUUCCAAAAUUCUCGUGCACUGGUAUGCUCAAUGUAAAACAAAUCUACUACGUGCGUAUUCCAUGGACAAAGUCACCUUUCCCAAAGUAUUCAAGUUGGACGAAGCUAGGGAGGUCGCAGUCGAGGUUACCCAUUCGUAUAGCGGUAUAUACUCGCGUAUAUACUUGAAUGCACUGUGCGCAGAUGCCCAUCGUAACGGCUUUACUCUCUCGCAAAGAGGAGAGGACGAUCUUCUAGAGAUGGAUCAACGACCUCCGACACAGGAUGCCUAUCUACGGACGCGGCUUCUCGAGGAUCGAUUCGCCGUUGACUCGCUCGAGCGGAGAUCAUUCCGUUGCGAUACCUACACAUAUAUUUCCCGGUACAUGCAGGGUCCGUGCACGUCCCUACGUCGCACGAUUCCGUUAUAGACGUUAGUCCAGC